AUGGUUCCCACAACAACAGAAUAUAAAGAUCAGCUCUCCAAAUCAACUACAACAACUCGAAAUGUACGUGAUGUCUGUGCUUCGAUUUUUAUUCCGGGUAUGAUUGGUUUACUCACUAUAGCUAUCGCAAUCGUUCAGCUUCAUAUUGCAAGCCAACAGCGUCAACAAGACUUGGCUAUUGCUGAGGCUAACCGAUUAAGUAGUUUGACUAUUGCCAAAGCGAAUUUUACGGGCAGUGUAUUACAAGGAGCUAAUUUACAAUUAUCAAAUCUGCACGACGUCUCAUUUCAUGAAGCCGACUUGAAAAAUGUUAAUUUUGCGCACACAUCAAUGUCAGAUGUUGAUUUUUCCGGUGCUGAUCUGCGUGAAUCAAAUAUUACUGAUGAACAUUUAGAAAAUGCUUAUUCGAUUUUGGGUGCCAUCUUGCCUAAUAAUACACUUGGAUCUAAUCCAAUGUUGCUACCUAUUCAUCAUGGUGGUUGGAAUACGAUUCCUUACAAUAGUAUUGGUACAACGAUAAUCGAAAGUUCAGUAGCCGAACAUGCAGCUAAUAUUUGGAUCCAAAUGUUUAAGGUAAAUUUCUUUAAAAGGUGAAUUACUCUUAUUAUGCUGGAAGCUUUUUGACAUCAAACUACAAUUUGUAUAUAAAAAUAUUUCUAAUUCAUUUAAAUUACGUAUGCAUAUGUUCGUCAGUUUAUAUUCUGAGUAUUUCAGAACUCUGGAGUUGGUGAAGACUAUAUCAAUAUUCUGCGUAAUCAGUUUUGGAACGUGGAACAAUGCUCAUUUAUUGUCAAUGGGCAUCACAAUCACGCAUCCCUAUCUCAAUUUGUUCCUAUUCCCGAACGAUAUCGGAAUUAUGCGGCUGUCACCUCUUACUCGUGGUUUUUAUCAAUUUUCUGUGGUACAUUGGAAA